AUGCGCAGGAAGUUCGCGCAACCUGCGCUGCCAAACCUCUACUUCAGGGAAGACAUUUUAUCUCUCCCCGGGUACACAUUUGAGAAGGCAGUAGCAUGGGAGGAUACCGGCAGUAUGACCCGGCUUGCGGAGGGCACAAGCUUGAAAGAUGGUUCGGCGGUCUUGGCUAAGAUCGCCCUCGCUCACUCGAAUGCAUCCUUAUGCAUCGAACGCGAAGCUCAUAUUCUCGAGCGUAUGUCUACGACACCGGAGUCGGCCAGUACGACCUUGCGGAUGAUCGACUUCUUCUCCAUCCCUCGCCCCAACGGAGAUUGCGUCGUGCUGCUGCUCGCACACCCAGGGCUCAACCUCCUCGGUCGUUUCUUUCCCCCGCUGAAAGUCAAUGACCUACUGCUGGGCGACAUUUCACGGGCGCGACCGGCAUCCUCACAUAGGGAUAUCUACAUGAUGGGGCUGGAGGAUGCAUAUGACGCGGAGGAGAUGGAGGCGAUUGAGAUCAUGGAUCUGGCGUCGUUCCUUGAGUUUGCAAUACAAGCCACACACUGUUUGGAGAUGAUGCACAGGUCGGGCUUGAUUCAUCGCGAAGUGCGAGCCAAUGCCUUCCACUUGAGCGCGCAUAGCGGUCUAGUUCGGAUGGUCCACUUUGGUAACCGGGCGGUCUCUCUGGAGCAGUUUGGUGUUCCAUCAACGUUUGUCUUACGAGCGGAUGCAUUUGAGGAGGCGAAGAAAUUGAAGGUGAAAGAGGCACUGUGUUAUCUUGCACCCGAGCAAACCGGGAGCAUGGAGGCUUUGACGGAAGAUCACCGAACAGACCUGUAUUCUCUCGGCGUCAUGUUCUGGACGCUGUUAGUCGGCCGCGGUACAAUGCCGUUUGAAGGAGGGCCGUUGGAGCUCUUGCAUGCGAUUGUGCAGAAACGACCCAUGCCCGUGCACGAAGUUCGCAGAGACGUUCCGCAGGUGUUGGCAGCAAUCAUUGACAAGCUAUUAGCAAAAGGCCCAGAUAUGCGUUACCAGAGCGCAUAUGGUCUCAAGCAAGAUCUGUUGCAAUGCCAACGGUUACUGUUGAGAGCUGUGACUCUGGUGUCGGAUCAAGCAAUGGAACUUAUACCAUCAUUCGAGAUCGCCGCAGAGGACCGUUAUAUGGAAUUCACCAUUCCAAGUCCAUUGUUUGGCCGAGAGAAGGAGCUUGAGAUUAUACGCAAUGUCAUUCGCCACACUUCAACAAGCUAUUCUCGGCAUAUCGGGGCCUCCAAAGGCUCAAUAAUCCUUGGAUCCUCAGAUAGUGCAACUGGUACAACGACUGGAACAGGGGAAGACCGCAGCGAAUCUAUGUCGUCGAAAAGCGAAGUUUCUGGACUGGGCCAGAUUUCCACCGGGACAAGUAGCGAUGCCUUAAGUCCAAAGCUGUCGUCAAUGAGAUCUUCCGAGCUCAAUUCAUCUGCUACCUUGAGCACUUCUCCGGUCUCUACCAGCGAUGGCUUGCGCCGGGUUGCCUUGUCUCCUUCAACCAGCCGGCCGCGAACUCACGCCGUGGUCGUGGUUGGGCCUCCAGGAGCGGGGAAGAGUUCUUUGAUACUGGCCAAUCAAGCCAAAUGGAGAUCGCACGGCUUGUGGGGCCAAGCAAGGUUCUCCGGUGUGGAAGCUGGGCCAUUCGCAUCGCUGCUGGCUUGUUUGUCGUCGGUGCUCCGCCAGUUGAUUGUUUUCCACACGGAUUUACACAGCUUUGUCUACGCACUGAAAGCACGCCUGGGACCGCAGCUGCAGAACGUACCACUUUUGUACGAGAGCGCGCCUGAGUUGCGUGAUAUCUUGGGACUCUUUGGAAUUCACAUUGAUGUUCCGCAAGAAGCGCUGGAGACAUAUGAGCUACGUGCGCGAUUCCAAUCCCUUGUGCAAAAUGUAUUUACCAUCCUUGCGGAGACGCGCUUGUUCGCCUUGUUCUUGGAUGAUCUCCACGACGCUGGCGAUUCUUCAUUAGACCUCAUCAAUGCCCUUGUCAAUUCUCGAAGUCGCAUUCUUGUUUUUGCAACUGUCCGUUCGGACAAAGCCGAUGUUGUGGAGAAGAUUCGAGCUACGUUCUCCAACAGCAAAGCCGCCACGUGGAUAGCGCUGGAACCUCUGACCUACUCAGCGAUUUCGAAUCUUGUGGCACGAACGCUUCACCGACCGAAAGAAGAGGCCGCCAGUCUGUCGCGUAUUGUGCAUGCCGCGUCGUUAGGUAACGCAUUUUCGGCGAGAAAUAUUCUGCACACCUUACAGCGGCAACAUCAUAUCAAAUAUAGCUGGGAUCGUAAUUACUGGGAAUAUGACAUAACUGCCAUUGAGAACAGUCUCCUUGACAAGCAAAUGGUUACAGACCCAACCGACCUCACCUUCCUCAUCGCCCAUCUGCGCGAGCUGCCUGAAGAUGCAAAGAAGUAUCUCAUCUGGGCUUCCUUCUUUGGACCGACUUUCCGCGUAACCGAAGUAGCGUUGAUGAUAGACUGGGAAGACUCCAGUGGCAGCAGUGCCAGCGACGAAGAAGCAGAUGACAUGUGGGACGUGUCAAAGGCGGUGACGAAUAUCCGGGAUACAGCGCCGACUACUGGUCGACCUUCCAUGCGUGGAUUGCAGACGGCUAUUGCAGAAGGAUGGCUGGUCCAGAGAGCGCGCGACAUGUGUAGCUUUGCCCACGAUCGGUAUCGCCAAGCUGCCCUGGCCGAAGCGGAGAGUCUACCAGAGAGCAUGAUAUCUAAGAUGUCUUUCAGGAUUAUUUUGAUGAUGCUUCACGAUUCUACACCUGACGCUUAUCGCAUUGCGGAGCACGCUAAACGGUGCUUGCCAUUGCUCCGUGAGCAUGCAAAGCGGGACGAGUUGUUCCUCCUUUCCAUCGAUUCAGGUGAUUCCGCUCGAGCCCGUGGUGCUCAUGAGCUUGCACUACAGUCAUACAUCAAUGCCCAGUCACUCCUUGAUGCUGAUUCGUGGACAACAGAUCCAGAGCGAACCGGAUCUUUGUGUCUUAGGCUCGCAGAACUGUACACGUGGAAAGGUGACUAUGCCACUUCGGAUGCCCUGGUUGAGGAAUGUCUGGCAAAAGUGGACGACGCAGAAAGCAAGGCUCGAAUGUUGCGUCUUCGUUCUAGAAAUUUCUGGAUGCGUGGGAAUUACGCCGCAGCCCUUAUCGAUAAUAUCCAAGGCUUACAUCUGCUCGGUGUCGAAGUCAACUCUGCGCCCACGCGACGCGAAGCGGACGUGAUGUUUGAAGACGUGAAGAACGAGAUAUUGGCCGUAGGGUUUGAUGACAUCUUGUCAAUACCUCGCGCGAGAGACUCCAGGACUGAUCUCGCCAUCGCCCUCUUGAACGAUGCUGGCCACAAUGCUUAUUGGAGUAAGGGUGAGGGUUUUGCGGAUGUCAUUGGCCUGACGACGGUCAAGCUGGCGUUGCGCUCGGGAAUGUGUCCUGGUACGGCGCUUGGAUUCUUCUGGGCGCUGGGAGCCGCCGCGGAGAGAAGGGAACUGUAUCGCUUCUCUGCCGAUCUGGGCAAACUAGCGUUGCGGAUCGCUGACCAAUACGGCACCAAUUAUGAAAAAGGCCGUGCUCUUGUUCUUUUCUGUUCCAUGGUUUCUGGGUACGAUAACGUUCACAUACGCGUGAAUCUGCCGCGAUUAGAGGAGGCACUGAAAUACGGCCAAAGCUCAGGAGACAAGAUCUUCAGCAGUUUUGCGAGCGUCCAUAGGAUACAAACCCGACUAUGGACAUGUGAUCAUCUCAGCGAACUUGUGGUUGCCGCGGAAGAGUGUGUUUCCGACGUCACGUUAUGGACACCGAGCGACGAUCUUGCUGUGUUGGGUCAAGGUCUUUUGAAUUGUAUCCGUGCCCUUGGAGGUUUCACAAUCGCUCAAUCGGCGGAGACCGCCUUUGAUACUGAAACUUACAACGAACGCGAAUACCUGCGUGAAGUUGAGGCUAAGUGUGGUAAUUUUGAUGUGACGAUGAACUGGUACAACUCUCUGAAGGUUGUUGGACUAUUUUGCCUCGGAUUCAUUGAGGAAGCCGCUGAUCUGGGUUUUCUCCUCUAUGAAACAAGAGAUAGACAUCCAAAUCACCGGCACACUCGCUAUGCCUUGUUUUUCCACAGUCUGGCGUUGGUUGCUUGUCUUCGUGAGGGGAAGGUGCCUCAAGACCGCCGUAGUCGCUUCACGAAGCAAAUCGACAACAACCAGGCAUACGUCAGAAAAUGGCUGUCACCCAGUCCGGUCAACACAGCUGCUUGGGUUGCUCUAGUGGACGCGGAAAUCGCAUCUCUGACGAAUAAUCCAGAUGCAUUCAAGUUAUUCGAUGUCGCUGUGAAACUUGCUGUUAACAACGACUGGCUGCUUGAAGCUGGUUGGGCCAUCUUUCUACAAGGAUGCCACUUUGUUCGAUGUGGAGUCGAAGGCCUUGGCAGUGAACUGCAACGUAGAGGAAUAUCACGGCAAGCUCAAUGGGGUGCACGAGGCAUAGUUAAUAACCUAACCUCGCUCUUGGACACCCGCGCGCAAUUACCUUUGAAGCGUCACAUCUUCUCGUCCGAUGUGGCAGUCCAGACCGAUAGUGUUGUCAUGACUUCGAAUCCCCAGAUGCAGGGCAUCUUUGACAACGGCAAAUCGGACUCGACGGAAGAAGAGGAGAUCUCGAAACUCACUGCUGCGGAUCUUGCAUCCAUCUUGAAGUGGAGUAAAGAAAUCUCAAGCGACAUUCACUUGCCUAUGGCGUUGCAGCGCUUGACGGAGAUCGCUACUGAAAGCUCUGGUAGUCAGAGCACAUGCGUAGUUAUAGCACGAGAGGCGGGAGAUUAUACCGUUGCUACCAGCUUGGUUCCGCCUGAACCGUGUCAGGUACAUGAGAAUCCGGUGCCAAUACGAUCUAUCGUCGAUCCUCUCCAGCGCACUAUCAUCCAGCAUACCAUCAACACGAAAGAGCGACAGUAUUUCGAGGACGUAUCGGCUGAACCACGAUUCUCUUCUGAAGCUCAGCAGAGUUCACAUAGAUCCGUGGUGUGCCUGCCGAUAUUCAGCAACCGCGGACAAACAUUUGGAGCAGUGUAUUUGGCCUCAAAAUACACCUUUUCGCCCAACACGGUGACCAUCUUGACUCUCCUUUGCCAGCAGGCCAGUAUUGGGAUCUCAAAUGCAUUGUUGUUCCGUUCAGUGCAAGCUGGGACGCGAGAGAACUUGAAAAUGAUAGCCGCUCAGCGUGAUGCUCUUGAAACUGCACGCAAGAGUCGAGAAGAUGCCCUCAAAGCUACCAAGAUCAAAAGCAACUUCUUGGCUUCGAUGAGUCACGAAUUGCGAACACCGUUCAGUUCAUUCUAUGGACUUCUCGAUAUUCUCAGUGGCACGGAGUUGAAUACCGGCCAGAGAGAGAUCGUUCAAACUGCCAAGCAGUCGUGCGAGCUGCUAUUAAAAAUCAUUGACUCUAUCUUGGAUUACAGCAAGUUAGAGGCCUCUGCGCUGAAGCUAGAGUAUUCUGGGUUCUCCAUGGAGAACAUGAUUGCCGAUUGCAUGGAGCUGCUCCUCCCUAUGGCGGCGAAGAAGCUGGACUUGUCCUACAACAUUGAGCCUGACGUUCCUCCUUGGGUGAAAGCUGACUAUGCUCGAAUACGACAAAUUUUGAUGAACCUCAUCGGCAACGCCGUAAAAUUCACCGCUCGUGGCUUUGUUCGUGUGACGUGUUUGCUCGACGCCAGUACUGCACCUUCGGCUGGGCAAGUGAGCCUGAAGUUCGUCAUUCAGGAUACGGGCAUUGGUUUGAGCUCGAGUGAUGUCGAUCUGCUUUUUGUUCCCUUCCAGCAAGCCGAUAACUCGUCAACGCGGAGGUUCGGAGGAACUGGUUUAGGCCUAUCAAUCUCUCGACAACUUGUGAAGCUUAUGGGCGGUGCCAUCGGUGUUCAGUCUGAAUUAGGUGUUGGUUCGAUGUUUUGGUUCACAAUUCCCGUGGAGAUUUUCGAGUCGGAGGAAUCUCGUCAAGCACUAGCAGAGAUGGAACGCUUGAAGUCUCAGCUUAUGAAACCUCAGCCACUGCGACUCCUGAUCAGCUCUGCCUCGAGCGCCACGCUGUCUCUCCUGAGUACGAUGUUAAGUGGCUUCUUCAUCACUUCCGUCUCGUCAAUCCAAGAGGCAGAGGAGCACCUUCGUAAUGCCAGACUCCUUCAUCCUCCUCUAGACUUCGUAAUUCUCGAUGAUCAGUCAGAGCCUCGUGCGGACGAUCUCGCGCAUGUUCUUCAGUCAUUGUCGUUUGCUUCAUUGAAGGAUACCAAGAUCAUUCACCUCUUCACACCUACGACGGACAGCCUUUCAGGGCCUCCCGUGUUGAGGCAUGAUAUAGGCGCAGGGAUUGUCCGGAUGACGAAGCCACCACGUCAACUGAGAUUACUACAAGCGUUGGCCGAUCUGAAGAAUCUGCCUAUCGAAGCCCCCGCUGCACCACCAAUGAAUGUUGCUGAGUUGGCGGAAGAAGAGGCUCUUUCACAUCGCACACUAUAUGGUAGUGUACUGGUUGCGGAAGACAAUCCUGUGGCGCAGAAGCUUCUUGUGAAACAGCUAGAACGUUACGACUUGAAUGUUGUGGCUACUUCCAAUGGUGAAGAGGCUAUUGCUGAAUGGGAAUCUCAUGAACCUGGACACUUCAGUGCGGCCCUAUUUGAUCAUCAUAUGCCAAUAUGUGACGGCGUCGAGGCUUGCAAGCGCGUACGAGUCUUAGAAAGCAGGCGUAAGGUAACAACUCUUCUGCCGAUCAUUGCAUUGAGCGCGGACUGUCAAGAGUCAACAAAGCAACUUUGUCUCAGUGCCGGGAUGAACGCCUUCUUGAGUAAACCGCUGAAAAGAGCCGAUCUCAUAUCCCUGUUGUGUACAUUCGGGGCACCUCCCCAGCAUUCAGAUCUCUCAACACAUCCACCCUGA